AUGUGUUUCACUGGGACGACCGAGGAGGCCAAGGCGCUGGGCACAGGCAUGAAGAGGGAAUGGAGGGAGUCGUGCAUGGCUCAGCAUGCCAACUGGACCUACAUGUUUUGGGACAAGGCUGCGGCCCUCAAACUGCUGAACAAUCGCUACCCUUGGUUUACAAAAAUCUUCCUUUCCUACAGAAAGGUUGUGUCACAAGGCGAUGCCUUGAGGCCGUUCCUGAUGCAUUCGUUCGGGGGCUUGUACGUGGAUCUGGACGUUGAAUGCUACCGCUCCAGCGAGGCAUUUUUAGCUGGCCAUGAUCUCGUAUUUCAGAGCGAGAAGAAUGAGGAGGAUGUGUCCAAUGCCAUGGUGGCCUCCAUCACUGGUCACCCAUUCUGGAACGCUGUUGUACGGAAGAUGAUCGUGGAAGCGAAAAGGGCGAACGAGAAGACACUGCACUCUGGCUCGAUCCUGACAAGCACAGGGCCGGACGUCUUCAAGGAGGUCUUCAAGCGCUGGGCCGAGUACGUUCGUCCACAGCCACCUUAUGGGGGCGAGUACAUGGUGCAUGGGACACGCGUCAAGUACUAUCCGAGGGGUCACUGGUUUGUGCCAUGCUUGUGGGAUGACACGGCGUGUCACAAGGGAACAAAUCUGGCGGCAGCUGCCGGGAAGCCAGACGCGCGGCUGGCGGGUCACCAUCAAUUUACGGGGUCCUGGCUUGGAACCCUCAACGAGACUGACGCGACCCCUAAACCUGUGAUAUCCAAGGGUGAGGCAAAGGGUGAGGGCGAUGCAAAGGGCACCAGGACAGAGGCAAAGCUGAAACUCAGAGUGAGCCUAACUUAG